AUGGAUGUAUUUCUUCGUGAUCUCAAUCAAGCUUACAGUACCGGCCAACUCACAAUAGAUGACAACUCUCUUAUGCGUUAUCUUGAUUAUGCUGCUAUCGAACAACAAAUACCAAUGACUGCUGCCAGUAUGUUUUGGCGCGAAACUCUUCAAGAUUGUAAAAUCGAUCGUUCGUUAGCAUUGCCAUUUGAUCGAUAUCGUCUUUCUGAUGAACAUCGAACUAAUCGUGGAACAUUGCUCUCUUUUGAUUUUGGUCAGAAUCUUUCACAUGAUUUCAUAACUUAUUCAUCGUCGAAUGGCAUAACACUUGAACAACUGGCACUUGGUAGUUAUUAUGUCUUUUUGUUCAAAUUGACUAAUGGAGAAAGUGAUUUAUGUAUUGGAAUGAACACACAUGGAAGAUAUAAAGAAGAAUUGAUGUCAGCAAUUGGAAUGUUCGUUAAUGCUAUUCCUUUGCGAUGUCAAUUAGAUCCUCAUUGGUCUUUUCCUCACCUACUUGAACAUGUUAAAGAGAUGUUUACAAGUAGUUUAGAGUAUUCUUAUUUUCCUUUUCAAAGAAUCGUAGCUCAACAUCCAAAUGCUACGAAACUUGCAUUUCUUGAGACAUUAUUCGAAUUUCAAUCUUAUUCUUCUAAAAGUAUUAAGAACGAAAUGAUGAUUGGAGAUGCUCGACUUUAUGAAAAGACUUUUUCAAUUAAAAUUGAUCAAGAUGAAAUAAUGAGCAAGUUCGAUUUCAUCCUUAGUAUCCAAUAUGAUUCGGAUACUAAUCAACUCUCAUGCAUAAUCAAUGCAUCACUUGACUUGUUUGAUAGAAAAACAGUUAAUAUCAUCGCACAACGGUUUCACUCAAUGUUAGAACAAUUGUUUAACGUAAUGGAUAUUCCGAAGUAUAAAGCAAUUUAUGAAUUAUCAUUAAUAUUACCAGAUGAAAAAUUAAUUAUGAAAUCAACUAAUAACACAGAAGUAUUAUUUCCUUCUGGAGCUUGUAUUCAUCAUGAAUUCGUGCGUCAAGUGAUUGGUAUGAUGGCAAUUGAAAUGGCUGGCGGUGUUUAUUGUCCAUUAUCACCUGGAGAUCCAGAACAUCGUUUGCAUGCACUUGUAGAACAAACCCAAAGUCGUCUUGUUCUAGUUCAUAACCAUACAAAAACUAUAUUUCUUAAUGAUGUUAUUUCAAUUGACAUAGAUCCAGUAUUGAUGAAUAAAAAUAUCGAAAGUGAUGCCGAUAUUUGUUUGUUGACAAAUGUCGUGGUGGCACCUGAUUAUAUUGCGUAUAUUAUCUUCACAAGCGGCUCAACAGGAACACCUAAAGCGGUUAGUAUUGGAACCUAUAAUGAACUUAUAUAUUAUCAUUAUCUUACUCGUUCAUAG